CACACACACACACACACACACACACACACACACACACACACUGCUGAAAGUGACGCUCGUGUCAUCGUGGAGAUGAACGUGGAUCUCAUCUCUGUGGACAGCCUGGUGGGCCGCGUGAUGGACCCGGACACGGACAUGGAGCACUUCGACGAGCGGGACAAGGCUGAGCGUCACGGCCGCGCCAACGGCGUGCAGAGUCCGGCGCACAGCGCGCACUGCAGCCUCUUCCGCGCCCGCACCCUGCAGGCUCUCAGCGCCGAGAAGCGCGCCAAGAAGGUCCGCUUCUACCGCAACGGCGACCGCUACUUCAACGGCGUCGUCUACGCCGUCUCCGCCGACCGCUUCCGGACCUUCGACGCCCUGCUGGCCGACCUGACGCGCUGCCUGUCCGGCAACGUCAACCUGCCGCAGGGCGUCAGGACCAUCUACUCGCUGGACGGCAGCAGGCGCGUCACCGCCGUGGAGCAGCUGGUCGAAGGUGACAGCUACGUGUGCAGCUCGCUGGAGGCCUACAAGAAGGUGGACUACACCAAGAACGUCAACCCCAACUGGUCCGUCAACGUUAAGGCGGCGGCGGCGGCGGCCCGCGGGCCUGCGCCGCUGGGCUGCACCAAGGCGGCGGCGGCGGCGGGGGAGAGCUGCAAGGACUUUGUGCGCCCCCGCCUGGUGACGGUGGUGCGCAGCGGCGUGAAGCCCCGCAAGGCGGUGAGGGUGCUGCUCAACAAGAAGACGGCGCGCUCCUACGAGCAGGUGCUCACCGACAUCACGGACGCCAUCAAGCUGGACUCUGGCGUGGUGAAGAAGAUCUACACGCUGGACGGGAAACUGGUGACGUGUCUGCAGGACUUCUUCGGGGACCAAGACGUGUUUGUGGCAUGCGGACCUGAGAAGCUGCGCUACCAUGACGACCUGAUGCUGGAUGAGAGUGAGUGUCGCAUGAUGAGGCCCAUGAACUACACCAAGAUGUCCGCCUCUUGGACCCGAAGCUCCCCCAGGACUCUGAUCCAGACCAGGCGCAGCAAGUCCCCCGCAUCUGUGAACGGGGCGCCCGCCAGUCAGAUGUCCACGCCGCGCACGGCGAAGUCUCCCAGCCCCUCCCCCGCCAGUCCCGGCGGCCUCAGCCAGCGGCGGGACUCACAGGGCUCGUCUGCCUCGCUGUCCUCCGAUCCAGUGUCCAGCCCGGCGGAUGGCGGCGAGGAAGUGGCCUCCGACCAGCUCCCGGCGGUCCCCUCCUACAUUUCGGAACGCUACGAAGUGGGAUGCAUGUUGGGCGACGGGAACUUCGCCGUGGUCCACGAGUGCGUGGAGCACUCGACCGGGCGCCAUUACGCUCUGAAGAUCAUCAACAAGGGCAAAUGUCGAGGCAAGGAGCACAUGAUCCAGAACGAGGUGGCCAUCUUGCGGCGAGUCAAGCAUCCCAACGUGGUGCUGCUCAUCGAGGAGGUGGACACGUACAGCGAGCUCUACCUGGUCAUGGAGCUGGUGGAGGGGGGAGACCUUUUCGACGCCAUCACGUCCGCCAACAGGUACACGGAGAAGGACGCCAGCGGGAUGCUGUACGACCUGACCAACGCCAUCAAAUACCUCCACAGCCUCAACAUCGUGCACAGGGACAUCAAGCCCGAAAACCUGCUGGUCUACGAGCACGCAGACGGCAGCAAGAGCCUAAAACUGGGAGACUUCGGUCUGGCCACCGCGGUGGACGGACCCCUGUACACCGUCUGCGGCACGCCCACAUAUGUAGCGCCUGAAAUCAUCGCCGAAACGGGGUACGGGCUGAAGGUGGACAUCUGGGCGGCCGGCGUCAUCACCUACAUCCUCCUGUGUGGGUUCCCGCCUUUCCGAGGGAGCAGCGAGGACCAGGAAGUUCUGUUUGACCAGAUCCUCAUGGGCCAGCUGGAGUUCCCGCCCCCGUACUGGGACAACGUCUCCGAAACCGCCAAGGAGCUGAUCCGGUCCAUGCUGGAGGUGGAGGUGGAUCCGAGGUACACGGCCUUACAAGUGCUGGACCAUCCAUGGGUCACCGAUGAAGGUCUUUGUGAAAACCACCACCAGCUGUCUGUAGCGGGGAAGAUCAAGAAGCACUUCAACAGCGACAACACGGACAACAUGGCGGUCAUCCCGGUGAGUGGAGACUACGUUACCCAGCAUGCAUUGCUCACCACUCCAUGGUUUCUCUCUGUGCUCAGUUGGACGGGAGCUUUUCUAUGCAGAGAUCCGGGUCCUUGGACCUCCACCAGCACCCGGCAAUGUACUGGAUAAGGCCGCCCCUGCUGAUAAGAAGAGGGCGUUUCUCCGACGAGGACGCCACCCGGAUGUGAUGCCUUGGCGUUGUCCCCUGCAGGCUCCGCCUCCUCGCUGCCUACCCCUGACCCCUCCCCCAUCCCCCUCCCAUGUGACUCUGACAUCAUCUCCAUCGGCUCGGCCUGCUUUCUUCUCCAAGAAAGGACGACCAGGACCAGGAAAGACAAUAAAAAAAAUUAAAAAAGUUGGAGAGAACUUUCAAGACGAAGGAAUGUUGGAACUUUUGACUCAUCGGAGUUGUGAUUCAUCCCCUGGUUGAUGGUCGGAGCUGAGGAUGAAACAUCUGCAAUACGGACAACUUCUUUCUUUUUUUAAUAUCUAGAAUAUGUAGUUCUCUUUUUCCAGGUGAGAAAUGUCGGGAAGGAACGUCGACUUUUACGGGAACAAACGUGACCGAGGCGCUUUCUUUUCUUACGGAAUAUGUCGACGUGGCCAAAACCAAGACUCUCGUGUCGUGACGUCGGAUCGUCACGGCGACGACCCGACUCGUGUGUAGCAAGCAUUGGAGCCGCAAUGCGAACGCAGUCAGACUGUAUCGAUGUGUCGUAACCUCGUUAGAACGUGUCCUCAUUUCACCCUCAUCACGCCUCGUUAGCCCCAGCAGGCACACCACCUUCAAACAACGUUGACAACUCAAAGGUAACGUUGAAACAACGUUGACAACUCAAACGUAACGUUGAAACAACGUUGACAACUCAAACGUAACAUUGAAACAACGUUGACAACUCAAAGGUAACAUUGAAACAACGUUGACAACUCAAACGUAACAUUUAAACAACGUUGACAACUCAAAUAUAACGUUGAAACAACGUUGACAACUCAAACAUAACGUAGAAACGACGUUGGACAACUCAAAAAUAAUAUUAAAACAACGUUGACAACUCAAACAUAA